CCCCGGGCUCCCCGGCCGCGGCUUCCUCGCGCGCGCGGGGCGCGGGGCCUGGGGCGUGCUUCGGCGAAGGGUCGCUGAACUAACAACUCCAAGCUGGUGUGCACAGUGUCUGAGCUGCUGCCAGCCCGAAAGCUGGAGUCACCAUGGCGGCAGGAGUUGCAGCCUGGCUGCCUUUUGCUCGGGCUGCAGCCAUUGGAUGGAUGCCGGUGGCCAAUUGCCCCAUGCCCUUAGCUCCAGCGGACAAGAACAAAAGGCAGGAUGAGUUGAUUGUCCUCAAUGUGAGUGGCCGGCGCUUCCAGACCUGGAGGACCACGUUGGAGCGCUACCCGGACACCCUGCUGGGCAGCACCGAGAAGGAGUUCUUCUUUAACGAGGACACCAAGGAGUAUUUCUUUGACCGCGACCCAGAAGUGUUCCGCUGUGUGCUCAACUUCUACCGCACUGGGAAGCUGCACUACCCGCGCUAUGAGUGUAUCUCGGCCUAUGAUGACGAGCUGGCCUUCUACGGCAUCUUGCCCGAGAUCAUCGGAGACUGCUGCUAUGAGGAGUACAAAGACCGCAAGCGGGAGAACGCGGAGAGGCUCAUGGAUGACAACGACUCGGAGAACAACCAGGAGUCCAUGCCCUCGCUCAGCUUCCGUCAGACCAUGUGGCGGGCCUUCGAGAACCCCCACACCAGCACCCUGGCCCUGGUCUUCUACUACGUGACUGGCUUCUUCAUCGCCGUCUCGGUCAUCACCAACGUGGUGGAGACGGUGCCCUGCGGCACGGUGCCUGGGAGCAAGGAGCUGCCGUGCGGAGAGCGCUACUCGGUGGCCUUCUUUUGCCUGGACACUGCUUGUGUCAUGAUCUUCACCGUGGAGUACCUCCUCCGGCUCUUCGCGGCUCCCAGCCGCUACCGAUUCAUCCGCAGCGUGAUGAGCAUCAUCGAUGUGGUGGCCAUCAUGCCCUAUUACAUCGGCCUGGUCAUGACCAACAACGAGGACGUGUCUGGGGCCUUCGUCACGCUCCGGGUCUUCCGCGUCUUCAGGAUCUUCAAAUUCUCCCGACACUCCCAGGGCCUCCGGAUCCUGGGCUACACCUUGAAGAGCUGUGCCUCAGAACUGGGCUUUCUCCUCUUCUCCCUCACCAUGGCCAUCAUCAUCUUUGCCACUGUGAUGUUUUAUGCUGAGAAGGGCUCCUCUGCCAGCAAGUUUACGAGCAUCCCAGCUUCUUUCUGGUACACCAUUGUCACCAUGACUACACUGGGAUAUGGAGACAUGGUGCCUAAGACCAUAGCAGGAAAGAUCUUCGGCUCCAUCUGCUCCCUGAGUGGCGUCUUGGUCAUUGCCCUGCCAGUCCCUGUGAUUGUUUCCAACUUUAGCAGGAUUUACCACCAGAAUCAGAGAGCAGAUAAACGCAGGGCACAAAAGAAGGCCCGCCUUGCCAGGAUCCGUGUGGCCAAAACAGGAAGCUCCAAUGCCUACCUGCACAGCAAGCGCAAUGGGCUCCUCAACGAGGCCCUGGAGCUGACGGGCACCCCAGAAGAGGAGCACAUGGGCAAGACCACCUCACUCAUUGAGAGCCAGCACCACCAUCUGCUGCACUGCCUAGAAAAGACCACUGGGUUGUCCUAUCUUGUGGAUGAUCCCCUGUUAUCUGUACGAACCUCCACCAUCAAGAACCACGAGUUUAUUGAUGAGCAGAUGUUUGAGCAGAACUGUAUGGAGAGCUCAAUGCAGAACUACCCAUCCACAAGAAGUCCUUCUCUGUCCAGUCAUUCGGGCCUCACCACCACCUGCUGCUCCCGUCGCAGUAAGAAGACCACACACCUGCCCAACUCUAAUCUGCCAGCCACUCGCCUGCGCAGCAUGCAAGAGCUCAGCACGAUCCACAUCCAGGGCAGUGAGCAGCCCUCGCUCACCACCAGUCGCUCUAGCCUUAAUUUGAAAGCAGACGACGGACUGAGACCAAACUGCAAAACAUCCCAGAUCACCACAGCCAUCAUCAGCAUCCCCACUCCCCCAGCUCUAACCCCAGAAGGGGAAAGUCGGCCACCUCCUUCCAGCCCAGGCCCUAACACGAACAUUCCUUCCAUAGCCAGCAAUGUCGUCAAGGUCUCUGCCUUGUAAAAUCACUGGACGGAGGGUCAGAGGGGGUAGUGGGGAGUAAAAGGGGCUGGCAUGUUGGUGGGUGGCCACUGGGACCACUCCCUCCCCUUUUCCCACUAUUUCUGUGUGCCCCAUUGCACCCCUAGCACUGAGACUUGUGUCUGGGGGGAAAAAAGAGGCAGCACAGGAUACCUGGGGUUCCUGCUGCUGGUGUGGACACAGCCCUGUGACAUUGCAUCUUGCUGGAGCCAGAGGAAGGGAGGGGGUGGGUAGGGGAUGGGCUGUUAGGGGGUGUAGGCUGCUUACCAGGAUAGGGCCUUGGUGGGGGCACCUCAGACCAAAUAACAAUUGUUUCUGGAGACCCCAGUGAGGAAAACAAAAGACCAAGAGAAGCACAGAGGCCGAGCCGUCACAUGCAAAACAGGAAGAAAAUAUAACACUGUGUAUUUAAGCACCUUUUUCAAGGAUCUUAAUGGAUAAUAUUUAUUCAUGGGAAAAGGUGGAAAACAAAAUCACCAAUGGAUUUUGUGAAAUGUUUUUCUCCAUGGACCCAAUAUCUUUAAACCAAAACAAUGCAUUUUGUGAGGUUGGUUUUUAUUUUAUCUCCUUUUAUAGCAAAAGCUUUUAGGCUCAAAGUCAGUUAUUGCUGAGUUCUCUCUCCAUUCUCCAGGUGAGUGGGGUCACCUUUGCCUGGGCCCACCUUGCCCACCUGACCUGCACAGAGCUGUGAAGCAACCACACAGCAACCCUUAUGCUCUGUCUGUCACUUGUCUCUGUAUCUCUGUGCUUCCCCCUGGCUGUUUGUGUCCAACCAUCUGUCUCUCAGGAUCCAGGGAUCCUGAGACGUGCUAGUAGAGCCUUCUCUGUCACUGCCAAGUACCACAGACUUGUGCCUGGGAGUCAGGCCUGAGUGAAUGCAAAUACAGAGGAGGAAGUUAUGAAGCCAAAGUAGGGAGGUUUUAAGGGUGAGGUAAGUCUACUUUAUGCACAGAGGUGCUUCCCUUGUGAUUGGACCCACUGGUGUUUGCAGUCUGCUGUGAGAGGAGACAGAGAAUGGUCAUGUUUAUCACACUGAGUCUUGAAAAAGGAAAUAGCAACUUCCGAAAAGUGGUCGUCUUUGCUGUGUGCCAGUGAGAAGACUGAAGAACCUAGGCUUGCAGCUGCCACCAGCCCCAUGGCACCUUGCUAUGUACCCCUUUCAGAAUCCACCCAAAAGCCCAUGUAGAGCUCUGCCCCGAGGCCCCAAGAGAAGUUUCUUCCAGCAAGAACAAUGGAAUGGGACCAAGUUUUCUGACUUACAGCCUGGGGCAGUUUCUAGGAGGCUGUGGAAGGUUAAAUCUGUGUGCCUCUCCAAGAAUGCCCUUCCAAAGCAAGAAAUCAAGAAAGAGAUUCUAGAUGAUUCUUACUUGGUCUGAAAGCUGCCUCGAGGUCUGAAGUGCCUUCUGGCCUGAUCUCUGAAGACAGCUGAAAGAGAAGCAUUGAUCAUCUCCCUGUUAAUGAGGGAGUGAAGAUUACUUCUUGAAAAUUCAGGCAGAUUUGUGUUCAAGUAUAUGCCUGCUAUUGGGGCUCAGAAUAGUAUUUCUGAGAUCUUCCCAAUCAUUUGCAGAACUUGCAGCAGAAUAGAUGGAACUCGGGGUUAGUGACAAGAACCCUUUCCCACCCUCUUCAACCCCAACUAACCUACUGCAAUUUCUGAAGCCUGGGCUCUGAGAUACAUGAGUUCCUCCUUAUCCAUUCUAUGGCUCAUUGGUAAACUGUCCAUUUGCAACUCAAAAUUUCUCUGCCUACCAUAGCUAUCUAGAUGAGUUUCUAAAUGAGGACCCUUCAAACACUUAUGGGACUCCCUUAUGACCCCAGCUCCAGUGACUGUAGGCAGAGGAAGUCAAGGCAUUUUGAGGUGGCACCUAAGCAGACAGUGGGCAGAAGGGCAGAGGAAAGGAACCUUCUUUACAUCUUUAUCUCCUUGUGCUUAUCUGCAGGGAUCACUAACAACAGUCAUCUUUUCUCUGGGUCUAGCCUCAAGGAUUUCCCCUUAUCAUAGUAAUGGGGUAAUUCCUGCUCUUUGAGUUACUACUGUAAGAAAACAGAAAAGCAUUACAUCCAACUUUAGAAAAAUACAUAUGCACACACACACACACACACACACACACACACACACACACACAAAACCAUAUCCAACAACGGGUACUUAAAUUCAUUUACUUCAUACAGUAUAUCCGUCAAGGCAGAGAGCUAAGCCGAACUCCAUUUUAGAGGAACAGUAAAAGACAGAAAAGGACCUUUCUUUUGAGAGGAUGGGCCAUGGGACAAAGGAAUGUCUAGUGCAUUAUACAUCUAAGAACUAAGUGGGAUAAGGGAUAUAGAGUUAAAAAAAAAGAAUACUGUUGUAUUCACAUGUAAACUGCCAUACAUCAUCUAAGAACAAAUCAUUACGUGGUUGGAAUGAUGACUGAUUCAACCAAGGAUUUCCAUGUCACCUGGACAAUGCACCAACAGAACAUAUUUGUAGUUCUCAUGAAAAUGAAUACAUUUUAAAAAUCAUGUCCUUAGGCCGGGCGUGGUGGCGCACGCCUUUAGUCCCAGCACUUGGGAGGCAGAGGCAGGCGGAUCUUUGUGAGUUCGAGGCCAGCCUGGUCUACAUAGUGAGUUCCAGGACAGCUGGGGCUACAAGGAGACCCUGUCUCAAAAAGACAAAAAAAAAUCAUGUCCUUAACAAUUCCAUUUUUAAUAACUUGAGUGAGCUCAACCUUUGAAUUGCUUCAAUUUCAUCUCCAAAGCCCAUACUAUGCCAGUUCCUAAAAGAACAUUAGACCAUCUUCAUCAUCAUUUCCCCACUGCAGCGUUGGCCAGGGUAAGGGACACAGCUCACCUGUGCUCAAAGAUAUAAACCCAGGAAAACAGCUCACAGUCAUAUGCCUGCUAAAGGGUAUUUGUAAGUAAACACAGGUGGCAAAAGUACACUGAAUCAGCUUAAGAAGUCUAACUCAUUGGCUAGUGAGUGAAAAACGAGGAUACCACAAUUUUCUGGGGACCAACAGCUUUCUGGUGCAGUGACUCUUGAGCUUCAUGGUCCAUGAACCAUUUUAGAAUAACAGAAGGGGGCUGGAGAGAUGGCUCAGCAGCUAACUGGAUGCUCUUGCAGAGGACGGAUUUUGAUUCCCCGUACACACAUGGCAGAUAACAACCAUCUGUAACUCCGGUUCCAGGGGAUCUGAUGCCCUCUUCUGACCUCCACAGGCACUUCAUUCAUGUGAUACAAUUACAUAUGGGCUGGCAAAACACUCAUACCUUAAAAAAUAAUAAGAUAAAUAGGUUCUCAAAACCACUCUAUUAGGGGAGGUUAUAAAAAAGACAAAAAUUAAAGGCCUAAGGCUACAUUCAAAUAAUAAAUGGAUAUUUGGGAAAUAUAGUAUACCAGACCUAGAAGAGAUUAAAGAAUAUCCAAUUCAUUUUACAGCAUAGAAAGCUGAGGUUCAGAGAACUUGAUUCCUUCAAGGUAAUGCAGUCAUUUAAGGAUGGAGUUGGGACCAGAUCAUAAGAGCCUUGGUUACUGGUCUAAUGUUUUAUCCAGCACACCCGUUGCCUCUCAGAGUUAAUGUGUGUGUGGAGAGCCAUCAAAGAUGCCAUGUCGUAACUGGACAGUCUUGUGUAAAUGUCAACACAACUUGGGCAUAGCCCUUGGAAAUCACCUGACUGUACUAAUACAAAUUAGACUUUGGACACCACCAUUCCCUGGGUAGAACCAACUAUUAGCUAUCAAUUCUAUCUAAAAUGGGUGAACUCAUGAAUAGUCAAGAUUUUUCAAUCAAAUGUUCUUAAUGAAAAGGAGGCUUGGACAGUGACAUUUCAAAGCAUACCUUUCCUUUCAAUUCUUACUACAAUCUGUGAAAGUAGUGGGUCACUUUAGUAAGUCCUCAAUUCAGAGAGAAGAAAUGGACACAAAGAAGUAGAAUGAUUCACCCAAGGUACAUGGCAAGGUAGUGACAGAAUCAUGAUUCAAUCCAGGACUUAGACAUCAUGUCUGGGAGUGUUCUACAUAAUGCUCCAUGGCUCUGAGACUUGCUCAUAUUUUUAAAACCUGAAUUUCAAAGGUGGUGAUUAGGGGAGUAAACAUUCCCUUUAGAACCACCCUGAAGCAGCAGGCCUUCCUGAAACAAACCAUUAUUUCUCUCUCAUUACUGAUUUUCCUAACUAGUCUCAAGCUCAGGACUAACUGUACAGAACCCCUUUCAAAAGACCAAUAGAUAGUCUCAACAACAGUUGAAUAUAUUAGUCUACAACCACAUAAUUUGAACAGAUGUGAAAGAGGGUAGUUGAUGAUCCAUGAUUAGUAAGUCACCUAUGGAACUGCCGAGGACUUUAGCCAUUUGUUUUUCUCCUGCAGUUCAAGAUCAUGUCAUUUUCUUGUUAGAGUGCAGGUAUACCUACCUGGAAGCAUUAUAUGCCUAGAUUGUUUUCCUUGUCUUUUUUAAAAAAUAGAAGUAGUGGCUGAAAUUGAGCUAGCACUAGAUUUGAAAUUACUAAUGGAUUCCAGUCGUUCAGGCUCCCUCACAUCAAUUAGUAGGUAACUAAGUAAGGCAGAAGGAUCCCAAUACUGUUCAUUUGAGGCAAUAUUAGUUUCUCUUUUAUACUAGUUGGUAUGGUAACCAUGGUAACAGGAACAGGCGAAACUUUUAUUUCCCUCUCUGAUUUCCUAACAAAUUCUCAUUAUUUGCAAAGCUUUAAAAUGAUGGGAUAAAGGAAAAGCAUUGUCAUGACCCAUGAUAUUUGGAGCCCAAAAAGCAUCAUGAAGCAUCAUUAGAACCAAGAGAAAGUGGCUAUCAGAAAACAAAGCAUCUUUUUAAAGGGGUUCCUUAUGGGUCUUGUUUUCUAUUCAGGAUGUUCUAUGUUUGCUCAUCAAGUGUGGGAAUGACAUUUAUCGUAGCAGGUUAUUUAAACUACACUGGCUGAUGUCACGCCAACCAGUGUAGGGCACUGACCCAAGUCUUGGGAAGUCCUUGGACCAAUGGACUAUUUUACAAACCUGGGAGGUGGGAGGGGUGGUAUAUUUUUGAUAAUCAGACAUUCCAGUGUUUUCCUCAGAGGUCACACUCUCCCAUUAAUGUUAUUGUGAAAAACAUCAAGUGUGUUCUUUUCUAUUUUCGUAUAAUACUGGGCUUUGCUUACCAACAUCACAAUGGCAAAGAAAUAUACUGUACAAAACUGCAAGAAGAGAAACAUGUGAAACCUUUUUGUGGGAGAAAAAAGCUCUUAAGUUUCUUGUUGUCUUCUUUUGAAACUGUAGUGCAUAUGUUAAAACAUGUAUAUCAUUUACAGUACUGAGUCGUGUGCCACUGCUGUACCUGAUGUAUCCAAUCUGGAUUAAACAAACUAUGUGCCACAAA